CAUUAUUUCACACCUUCACAUCUCACAUUCCACAGCAAUCGAACAUUCAAUCAGCGUUUUUCUCAUUCAUUGUCUUCAAGUGAGCGUUGACGAACUUUACCCCUCAAUCCCCUCCAUUCAAUUGUAUACUUCAAUUCUGCCUCCAAAUUUCAGGAUGGACUUCAAACCUCUCAUUUCCCCAUCUCCUACUCGACCGAGCGGAGUCAACUUCAGCUCGGCAACAGCACUUUUCACCGCACUUCAUGGCAACUUCUCCCUCAGCACGCUCCUCCUUAUCGGCGCCGCUUUUCAAACCCUCCUCGCCCUCCUCCCCAUUCCCAAAACCUAUGCUCUCUCCCCAGCCAUCACCCUCCUCGUCCUGCGCCUCACCCACACCAUGCUAAUAACCUACAACAUUAUCCCAAACCCCUAUCUCAAGGGCCGCAUCCCCAAGAAAUCUACUGCCCAAGUCAUGGACCGCAACGGCAACUUCGCCGGUCCGGGGAAAGAGAAGGUUGCCAUCCUCUUACUCGGAGCAAAGAGUAACCACCCCCUCGGUAUCUUCGCGCCUGAUUUCUCCUACGUGGGAGGUCUAUUGCGGAAGAUGACGAAGGAGCUGGAGAGUGAUCCGACUCAGGAUUCUGGAUUUCUUGGACAGACUUCCGUUCAAAGAACGGAUGCGAACGGCGCUAUCGAAUUCAUUCUCAUUUCGUACUGGCGAUCAAUCGAAGAUGUGCAUAAAUACGCACAUGGGCCAGCACACCGCGAAGCCUGGAAAUGGUGGGAAUCGACGCUGAAGCACCAUGAUUACAUUGGAUUCAUGCAUGAGGUGUAUGAGGCGGACAAGGGGAUGUGGGAGGGUGUUUAUAUUAAUUUCCAGCCGACUUUGCUUGGGAAGACGACGUAUUUGAAGAAGGAUGGGGAGUUGGUCGGUGGGGAGGUUAAGGAGAAGUGGAUCAGUCCGUUGUUGGAUGCUAAUAGGGGCGCUUUGAGGAGUAGUGCACGGAGACGGGGAUUAUUGGACGAUAAGAAACUGGUUGGGGAUAUGUUUAAGGAGAAUGCAUAUGUUGCUGAGUUUUAGAGACGAGAUUUCGGCGUUAAUUUCAGGGGUUGGGAAGGCAUUUGGGUGUCUCUUUUGUGAAGCAUUGUAUUUGUAUAGAGCCAAGAAUCAUUUGCGACUUUUUUUACUCAAGAUUUCACGAAUUUACUUCAACC